GCACAGCUGAGGGGCAUUGACGUGAGCCGGAGCUUUCUGUUUUCCACGCGCACUUCUUCCCCCCCUCCACGUCUCACUCUCACACUCACGGAGCACUAACCACCCUCUCACCUUUAUACUUUCAGAGCGCGCGCGCGCCGCUCUUGUAGAUUUCUUUUUUUUUUCCUCCCCUUCUUCUUCUUCUUCUUCCACUCCGGUUUUUUUCUCAUUUUUUGUUGUUCCCUUUCAUGAAUGAUUGUCUCGCGCAGCACUUGCCAGACAUCCCCGGACCGCUCUCCGUCGUCCUCGUCCGCGCGCCCCCCGCUCCUCCACCAGCUCCGCCGCCCCGCCGCCGCCGCCUCGCCGCUGAAGGUCAGCCGCCGGCCGGACUCCCACUGCAGCUUCGCGCGCACCUGGAGCAGCUACCAGUCUGCGAGGAGAAGCCUGAUCCUGUGCGCCGCCGCAGAAGAAGCCGCAGACGCCGCAGACAUGAGCCUGAAAGCCGACGUGGAGCCCAGCAGCAACGUCUCCGUGGAGGAGGAGGUCCGAACUCUGUUCGUGAGCGGCCUCCCGGUCGACAUCAAGCCGCGGGAACUUUACCUUCUCUUCAGACCUUUUAAGGGUUACGAAGGGUCACUGAUCAAGUUAACGUCAAAGCAGCCGGUCGGGUUCGUGACCUUUGAUAGUCGCACCGGAGCUGAAGCUGCCAAGAACUCCCUAAAUGGAAUCCGUUUUGACCCCGAAAGCCCCCAGACCCUGCGCUUAGAGUUUGCUAAAGCCAACACGAAGAUGGCAAAGAGUAAGCUGAUGGCCACACCGAACCCCACAAAUAUCCACCCUGCUCUAGGAGCUCACUUCAUUGCACGGGACCCAUACGACCUGUCGGGGGCGGCGCUGAUCCCGGCGUCUCCGGACGCCUGGACCCCCUACCCGAUGUACGCCACGGAGCUGGCCCCCGGCCUCCCUCACGCAGCCUUCACGUACCCGGCGGCCGCCGCCGCCGCCGCGGCCCUCCACGCCCAGAUGCGCUGGUACCCGACGCCCUCUGAGACUUCCCAGCCUGGAUGGAAGUCCCGGCAAUUUUGUUAGAUUUCUCGCCUCUGGGAACCACACCUCUUGUCCAGCGGACGUGAGGUUUGCCAAGCUCUACAAUAAUUUAAUCGGGUUUAUUUAAUGGACAAAUGUGCAUUAUUAUAAACAAACAGUAUUUAUAUCUCCUCCCGAUUGUCUCUUAUGAAGGAAAGGGGCAGGGGGAGGAGUCUGAGUUGAAACCAUCUUGCUGUCGACAAUCUGUGCGUAUCCAUGGCAACUAUUGCGGUACCGUCUUAGCACUUCAAAUUAAAAAAAGAGAAGAAAAUGUUAAUAAAAAAAGAUGAACCUCAUGCAUUAGUCAAAACGUCGUGGAUCAUAGUUGCUGAGGGGAAACGGCGACGUUGAAGUUACCGUUGUGACGCUAGUCCUUCACUGGGGUCACCGCUGCCCCCGGAGGUUCAACGCGUCAUUGCAUGUUCGUCUUUAUGGCAUGAAUCUAGAGUGCAGAGUUCUGUGUCCUAAUUUCCUUCGUGUCGGCGUUGCCUCUUUACCGUUUCUUUAUUUCUUUUGGCCUAGACAGUGAUAUUGUUCAGUUCCCUGUAGACUGUCUUACCUCUGAAGGCCGUUGUGUAAAUGGCGUCUCUCGCAUGGACCUCGUGAAUGCUUCCCCGCGUACGACGACCCCGCCGCGUCCUCUACCGGCGUAUCGGUGUCCGUCAUUAUCAGAAAAGGAAAGUACAAGUGCUUCUGUACUUUUUUUUUUUUUUUUUGCGUGAUGUAUAUUUAUGCAACUAAAAAAGAACCUGUAUAAGUUUGAUGUUUAGUCGUCUCUUUGUGUUUUUCGGUGUUACUUUUUGAUUCUAUAAUCCUCGUUGACGUAGUUUUAAAGAAGUGCAAUUUGUUUAAAGGUGAAGUGUCGGCGGGAAGGACUCUGAGCGCGGCUCGAUGUAACGCGGAUCUUUCAGAAUGUGAAACUGGACUACAAACGUAAAGGUUGUUUAUUUUCUUGCAGGGGGGAGGGGCUGGGGGGGUGCAUUUUGAAAUGGGACGCAGGAACGGAGCGAUGGAGGAAUUUAGUUUGUGGUUUAGAAACAUGUUUGUCUUUGUAUCUGCUGUGCAUAAGAUGUAAAAAGAAGAAAAAAAGAUUCCCAUCUUAUGAAUAAUAAAAAAAGAAGUGAAUGCAAUUUC